GAUUUUGACUCUGAAAGAUUUCGCUUAGCACUUAAUACAUGGAUAAGCAUGAAUGUCAUAAUUGGUUCUACAAUUGAGAGGCGAGGUCCAUUUAACACAUUCUGUGGGCCUAUAAAGAAACUUAUCGGUCCAAUUGUGAAAGAUUGUUAUAAAAUCUCUCCACCAAAUAUACUAUACAAGGCGUUAAAUAAAUGCAUUGAACCAUUAAUUCAGAACUACUAUGCGAUGCAUCCAAACUUCAGUGUAAUUAAAGAGGUUACGGAUUUGCUUUUUAGUCGAUGUAAUAGAUUAAAGAAUCUCAAAAUUUAUCUUGGAGAUGAGCAUACACUGUCUUUAGCGGAAAUGAACUUUGCUUUACUUACUAUCCAACACAACUCCCUGCUUAAUCUUCAAAAAUUCGAAUUGGUUAUACGUGCACCUUCUUUAAAUAGCGAUAAUUUACAAGGUAUGAAUGAUGCCUUAGCGAAUCUCUUUACCAUGAUGUCUCAAUACGCCACAAAUAUUCAAGAAAUGAAAAUUCAAUCUUAUACAACUGGAUUGCCAGCGAAAGUUCAUGCCAGCCUUUACAGAUUAAUUGAAUCACAGAGAACACUUCAGUCAUUUAUGUCAAAUUAUUUCUGGAAUGCUUCAAGUCCUUCGCUUUUUACCGCUUUGUUAAAUCAGUCACAUUCAUUAACUCGGUUUCGUCUUUGGGGUUUAACACAUUUCGAUGAUUCUUUAAUACUCGGAUUAUUAGAAUGGAAUGCCUUGGAAGUAUUGGAAUUAUUGGGAUGUCCAGAUGUUCCUGUGUCUGCAAAUUUUACAAAAGGCCAACUAAGAAUUAGGAAUCUCUAUAUCGGCAACGGCUACUGUUCAUAUCCUUUUAUAACAACAAAUUUAAUCAAGAUGAUAAAUUUGAAUCUUCAAAAAUUAGUGGUAGAAGGUGCAACUCCGGAAAUUAUAGAUGCGGUCACAAUAAAUUGUCCACAACUUACACAUUUAUCGCUCUGUGCUUAUCAAGAUAUAUUUGAAUCUCUUCCGAGAUUACUUUCAGCUCUUUCUUUGCUAGAAACACUGAUUUUAGGAAAUCAAGAACAAUUUAUAUUUACAGAUGAUACUAUAUUACAAUUUUCACAAUCAAUCCCACCUUCACUAUGCGCAUUAUUUCUGAACUUUAAUAUUUCAUCACAAUCAUUGAGAGUACUUUUAACAGAAUAUAAUAAGUAUUUAAAAGAGUUGAAACUAUAUUUAGCUCAUUCAAAUAGUUAUACGGAUCCUGUUAGUCUAGAUGUUUUGAGAAACGCAAAUAAGUAUUUUACUAUUGUUAAACAAGACACUACUAGAAAUUCUUAUAAUCUUUGGUGA